GACAUAGCGUCACAAUGGAAAAUAGUAAUCUCCUACUUUAACGUUUUUAUAAAGUUCCACUCCCAAGAUUUUACUUGACAACUGUACAUUUUCGAAGCAGGCGAAUGGUUGACGAGUUAGCUCGCAGUUAACUCUCGGGUCAUCCCUAAAUACGUGACGUCACGUUGUUUAGCUUUGAACGUAUGAUGGCGCCACAGUGGUUAGCUUGCUGCUAACGGACUCGCCUUUCUCUGCCAUCGUUUAAGAUGGACGCGCACAAUCCUGACCUGAGCUCCGUGUUGUCGGACUGCGAACCAGAGCUCCAGGAGCUUAUGAGGCAGAUCGACAUCAUGAUUGACCACCAGAAGAGCGAUUGGGAGGCCCAGAUGCAGGAGAUGCAACUACAGCUGAAGAGUGGCCAGGAGGAGAUGUCUGCAUCCAGGGUCCUCCUUGAACGCAAAGACCUGGAGAUCGGAGUGCUGCGUCAGCAACUGGAAGACGUUCAGACAGGCCGACAAGCGCUGGCAACCAAGUAUGAGAAGCAACUACAAAAUGUCAGUGAAGAGUUGGACAAGUUAAAGAGGAGCUAUCACAAGCUCCAGCGCAGACAUCUCAAGAAGCUCAGCAGUGAAGAGUCCAAAGAGGUUGACAAGUCAGAAGUGAGGCUGCUCAGUGACAAGCUUGAGGAGUACAGUCGCAGCUGCGUGAAGUGGGAGCAGCAGUGCCUCCUCUACCAGAAGCAGCUGUCGUCGUUGGAGGCCCAGAAGAAGAGCCUGGCUGAUGAGCUCACACACGUCAAAGCUGAGGCUGCGUCGCUGGCCUCCCUGGAGAAAAGCUAUGUGUCGUCGCUGAGGCACCUGGAGCAGGACAACCUGCAGCUAAGGCGCGACCUCGCCGAGACACGCCGCCAACUCGAGCUCUUCAAGGGCGGGACCACCGCACCCGCCGCUGCCGACCAAUCGCAGCCAGCUGGGGAAAACGCGAAUGGUGAGGGGACGACUUCCUACGAGGGCGAGAUCCAGAGGCUCUUCACACAGCUGAAGACAUCGGGGCGGUCCCGUGACCAAGCUGCGCCCGGCGGCUGUCAUGGGUCCACAGCUUCUGCCACGGCUGCCGACAGAAGAAUCUCUGGGGGAGACUCGGCGCCGACUCCAGUCGAGCACGCUCCAGAGGGGUGGAGCUCCAGCUCAGAGGACACGCCGAGCUCCAGAGAGGAAUCAGCACCCUCCCCGAUGGAGCCUUUGCCGCCGUCUUCCGCGGACGUCAUGGUCUCUCGGUUCUUGGAGGAGGAAAGUCUUCUCUCCAGUGAGCUGAUGCAGAAACUGGACUCUCACAUCCUCAGUAUGACGGAGAACAACGUCAGGACCGUCUCCGAGCGCCUCACUGCCGCUUCUCCUCCGGACCUAUAACGAAGGUGAACUUUUCCCAACUCAACGCUUUAUUGACUGUUUUUAACACUGUUGUACAUUGAAGGCAUCACAAGCUAAAAGUGACACCAGCCAGACUCCGUCACAUUUUAAAUAAAGUGGCAACAUCCUAACAGGGCGCUCAAAGUACUCCAAACACUUUGCUCCAGCGCUGCUUCCCCUUCUUUCUCAUUUUGAAGGUGACUUUGUGCGGAUGUAUGGUUCUUGUCAUCGUCCAUCUCGCCAGACGUCAUAAAGUAUCCCUGAGUAAGCGCACCACUUCCUGUCCACGAUGUUAACAACACUUUUCCCAGAAUUGUUGAGCCGAAGUUCAUUCUUUGUCGCACAUUCCUGAUGGCGGGGCCUGCCUGUCCCACCUCGCUUGUGUCCCGCGUGGUGUUCCGGAUGAGACGGGAACACCUCAUUGUUUUUGAGGACGCGCACGCUCUGCUCGACGCGCAUUCUUACCCUCUAGAACCAAAAUAUUAGUAACAGCUCACGGUAUGAGGCAGUACAGUUGUACAACCACAAUAAUACACACAAUGUAAAAUGAGUACAUGUAUUCAAUCUAAGCAUUAUUUUAAUUUUUUUUGUUAUUGAUUAAAUUAUGGCACAAGAACCCUCUGUGUGUUUUUGCGUGUGUGCGUAUGAAUAUGAAUAUUAGAACAUGAAAAUAAAAAUAUAACAUAAAGAUUUUGUGUAAAUAUAUAUAAGAUACAUUAAAAUAAAUAUUUAAAAAAAUAUAAAAUUAUAGUUAAUUGGUGACUCUAAAUUGUCCAUAGGUAUGAAUGUGAGUGAAUGGUUGCUUGUCUAUAUGUGCCCUGCCAUUGGCUGGCCACCAGUCCAGGGUGUACCCCGCCUGUCGCCUGAAGUCAGCUGGGAUAGGCUCCAGCAUGCCCCCACGACCCUAAUGAGGAAGAAGCGGUAUAGAAAAUGGAUGGAUGGAUAAAAUUAUAUAAUU